AUGUCUGUGUCGGGGAAGAAGGAAUUUGACGUGAAGCAGAUCCUGAGGCUCCGCUGGCGAUGGUUUAGUCAUUCAUCCCAAGGUUCAGCUGGCAGCGGGGGUGGUGGUGUUGGUGGGGUGGGAGGCUACAUCCAGCAGGAUGGCCUGGACCACAGAGGAACGCCCGUCCAGGGCCGGCUGAAAAGUCACUCACGGGAAAGAGGUGUUGGGGGUCUACGGAAAACUAGCAGCCCCGUCCAUAGCAUAUUGGCACCAACGCCAGGGCCCACGCCUGUCUAUGUCAGAGGGGGUCAUCAUGCAUGGCAACAUCAGCAGAGCACUAUCCAGGGUCUCCAGGUCAGUGAGGAAUGUUCAAAGAGCAGUUCCUCACCCAGCGCCACAAGGAAAGAGGACACCAACACUGGCCAGGAGGAUGUGAAGAGCAGCACGGAAGAACCUGCAGAGGUGGAGGCCAGAGAAAGGUUGGCUCUGAACACCUUCUCCAGAAUGAACACCAACUCGUCUGAUGAGUUUUUCCAGGCCACAGACCAUGCAGAACAGACUUUCCGUAAGAUGGAGACCUACCUCCAGCACAAGCAGCUGUGUGAUGUCCUCUUAAUAGCAGGGGAUCACAAGAUACCAGCUCACAGACUGGUCCUGAGUGCAGUAUCGGACUACUUUGCUGCUAUGUUCACCAGUGAUGUCAGAGAGGCAAAACAAGAAGAGAUAAAGAUGGAAGGGGUCGAUCCGGAGGCCCUCAGGUCCCUGGUUCAAUUUGCCUACACUGGUGUCCUUGAGCUGAAAGAGGAGACCAUUGAGAGUUUAUUAGCGGCAGCUUGUCUCCUCCAGCUUUCACAAGUGAUCCAGGUUUGCUGUAACUUCCUGAUGAAACAGCUUCAUCCUUCAAAUUGUCUGGGCAUACGCUCCUUUGCAGACGCCCAGGGCUGCACGGACCUGCUCAAUGUGGCUCAUAACUACACAAUGGAACACUUCCUGGAGGUCAUUCAGAACCAGGAGUUCCUGCUGCUCCCCACAGCUGAGAUUGUUAAGCUGCUGUCUAGUGAUGACAUCAAUGUCCCAGAUGAGGAAACCAUCUUCCAGGCUUUGAUGAUGUGGGUUCGGCACGAUGUCCAGCAUCGACAACAGGACCUGGGGGUGCUUCUUGCAUAUAUCCGCCUGCCACUUCUUCCUCCACAGCUUCUUGCAGAUCUAGAAAACAAUAAGAUGUUCUCUGAUGAUCUGGAAUGUCAAAAGCUGCUGAUGGAGGCUAUGAAGUAUCACCUUCUGCCCGAGCGACGUCCAAUGUUUCAGAGCCCGAGAACCAAACCUCGGAAGUCCACUGUGGGUGCACUUUAUGCCGUAGGAGGGAUGGAUGCUACUAAAGGUUCUACAACCAUCGAGAAGUAUGACCUGCGGACUAAUACUUGGGUCCAGGUGGGAGUCAUGAAUGGACGCCGCCUUCAGUUUGGCGUUGCGGUCAUCGACAACAAACUGUAUGUGGUCGGAGGAAGAGAUGGACUGAAGACUUCCAACAUGGUGGAAUGCUACAAUCCACUCAGCAAAGUUUGGUCCACCAUGCCUCCGAUGUCAACACACAGACAUGGACUUGGUAUUGCUGUGCUGGAAGGGCCCAUGUACGCCGUUGGGGGCCACGACGGCUGGAGUUACCUCAACACAGUGGAACGCUGGGAUCCACAAGCCAGGCAGUGGAACUAUGUGGCCAGCAUGUCAACACCACGGAGCACCAUGGGAGUCACCGCACUCAAUGGAAAAUUGUUUGCAGUAGGUGGUCGAGAUGGAAGCUCAUGUUUGAGGUCGAUGGAGUGUUUCGAUCCACACACCAACAAAUGGAGCAUGUGUGCUCCGAUGGCCAAAAGGCGAGGAGGAGUCGGAGUGGCCACAUAUAACAACUUCCUGUAUGCUGUAGGAGGACACGAUGCCCCGGCCUCCAACCACUGCUCUAGACUCUCCGAUUGUGUCGAGAGAUAUGAUCCAAAGACGGACACAUGGACCACGGUGUCCUCGCUCAGUGUCCCCCGUGAUGCUGUUGGUGUCUGCCUGCUGGGUGACAGGCUGUAUGCCGUCGGCGGAUACGACGGCCAAUCAUACCUGAGCACUGUAGAGUCCUACGACGCACAGAAUAAUGAGUGGACCGAGGAGGUCCCUCUCAAUAUUGGCAGGGCAGGAGCCUGCGUUGUGGUGGUGAAAUUGCCUUGAGCGUUCUGUCUCAUGGCAGCAUGGGAACCAAGCGGCAAAGAAGAGUGGACAAACAAAACAACAGAUCAAGGACACAUCCUUUGAGAGUCAUGUUUUUUUUUUUUUUUUUUUUUUCUUUAACUCAGCUCUCCAGAUUUUUCAGUGGAAAACACAGACAGAGCCUUGCCCAUAAACCAUUGUCUCUAUCAUUAGUGCACAUGUCUGCCCACUGGGGAGGACUUGCCCAGAAACUGGAAUAAGCUGCACAUUCUCCACAUUCUCAACCGAUCAAGAAUUUUCAUACACUUGGCAAAGCUGUAAUGAACCAUUGCCAAGCCUUGUUGUACUGGUUUGUUAUACAAGUUUUAUGAAAAGUUUUGUGUAUGCCAUAAGAUCUAAAUGUUACAAUUACAUUUUGAUAAAGUAAGCUUAACAGCAGUUUAGUUUACAUUUAUACACUAGUAUUUCCUAUCAGUGCCAUCACAUACAGUAUAUUUUUGGGUUUGUAUUUCCCUUUGUAGCCGCAUAAAUUCAAAUGUUGUUAUACUACAUACACGUGACUAUGUACUACUGUCUCUCUUUAGUUGGUGGUCGAAGCAGAUUCUCACUCUAUUUCAAUGCAGGACCACUGUGAACAUUAAAGGUGAAGAGCUAGUUCGUAGUUUGCAAUACAAAGAAAAGGGUUUUUGGGUGUUUUUCUUCCUUUAUUGAGCCUAUCGCUGCAGAACACCAAAGUCAUUUGCUUGUCCCAGAUGUCUUGUUACACGUUAAAUAAAGGUUUACAAAAUUGUGAAUUACAGAAAAUAUAUCAUAUUGAUAUUUCACUGCUGUAUAAAUCUUUUGUGAACUUUCUUGAAGCUACAUUUGUGUCGACAGACUUAUGGCUAACCAGUGUGCUCUGGUGACUACAUUAUUAUCGCUGUUUUCCCUUCUUUUCAGAGCAUGCGAGCUAAGCGAAUGUUCCAUUUGCUUUUAUCAGUAUUACAUAUAAACGGUCACUGUCGGUUGAGAUAUAACGCCCUCUGGCUCAAACACGAACACAAGGAUUACAUUUAACCAAACAAGUAAACCAUGAUCAGGUACCAAGAGGGCAUCCAAACCACAUAUCCGAGUCAAGGAGAGAAUUUUAACCUCUAUUUACUUUUCUCUCUGCACAUCACAAAUGUGAAAAUUAGACUUUUUAGAUUUGUAGUUUGUUGUUCUUCUCAUAAAAAUGAAACAUUACUAACAAUGUUAGCAAUUUGUAACUGCAAUUAUAACAUGUUUUGGGGCCAAAUGUUACUUUUUAUGUUUUUAUCAUGAUUUUGUACAGCAUGCAAAAGUAUAAUAAAAUGACUUCAGUCCUC